GAGGACUAAAUGUAUCCCUGAUGUGGUUUUCCAGUUUCUAUCUAAAACGUCAGAACGGUUACUUGUUAGUCUUCUCAUGCCGUUAAUUUUAGUGGUCCGUGUUUGAGAGUUCUGGAAAUGGCGUUAAGUUUGAGUUUUCACAGAGAGCGAUGAACUUGUAAAAAUGGAAUCUGUCAGUUUAUGUUUUUCUUUCCCGACAACUAAUUUUCUGAAGUUGGUUUAGUGAUAGCCUUAUUUCCUCUUUUGGGGGCAUUGGAAGGAUUCUGAACCCUCUGUUUGGAAAUGAGCUAAAGCAACGCUGUGGCGCAUGUCCGCCGAGGAGCGUGGCUGCCAUACGGCACCAGGGGAACUUUUAUGUGACACGCACACAAAUUUCUUAAAAAAAAAAAAAAAAAAAGACUGCAAUUUGCAUCUUUGCUUUUAUUCCCUUUUUUUUUGGUGCAUGUCUUCGUAUCUUCUCUCUCUUGCUUGUUUGACUUUCUGGCAUUCAUUCAAAUUCUUGAUAAGUUACCGUAGUUUUUAGAACUUUUUUUUCACACCGUGUCUUGUGUAAGUUGGUGACUAGGGUGCAGAGAUGUUUAGGACAAGCUGAUCUCACUGGUGGAAACUAUGUCGAAGAUGAGAAUGAGAAUCAGCCUUGUGAUGGCCAUGAAAAAUGAGGCCGCCUCUGCUGUGGGAGCAGCCUGGUCCUCACGUGCUUUUGUGCUGCCUGGGUUCGACAGCAGGUAGCGGGGCCUGUCAGCAAAAACUCCCCUCCAGCCAAACUGUGCACCGGGCAUUUGACCAGGAGCCACCCCUGGGAUCUAGCAUGAGGCUCAUGUUUGCUGCAUGGACGCUCUCAAGAUCUGGAUUCUGGCUUCUCAGCGUUCUUGGUAAUAACUGCCUGACCUGUAUCUUCCAGAUAAUCGUUAUGUACCUUCAGGUGUUAGAGUGUGAGCGUAACCAGCACCUGGUCCAGACCUCAUGGUGAGUUUACUUUCCUUGUUUUAUGAGACCAGCAAGGGCAGUGCAGGAAUAUGUUGAUUUGAGGCACUUGGGCAGUGGGUAGUCGGUCCCAUGACUUGAUUGUGGGCUGGAGUUGUCUGAGUGCCCAGUGUUCCUGCUGUGUAAAUUCCAGUCAGCCUCCCCAAUAUAUCAGGCACUGGUGUAACGGUAAGGUGGCCCAUACCCUCCCCCGACCCUCCGGGACAGCACUUACUGGGCUUCCCUCUGGGGGCGGUUGACUUGGCACACCACGAUCUUUCCCACGUCGGUGCCAACGUCGAUGUAGUGGUCCUGUAUCUCCUGUGAAAUUGCUUCCAACUGCCUCUCGUUAGAGAGGAUCUUACGGGGAGAGAGAGGGUUAGGAUAAAGCUUCUCGGGGGACCGGUUUUAACGAUGCAUAUGUGCUAGAAAUGAAGCCCAGGGUAACAGUCAGUGCUGGGUGCUUGGUGAAUUUUUCCCGCCGAGUUAGGUCUGUAAGGGUCAUAUUUUUGCUGCCUGAAUUGUCUGGUGCUAUGGCAUCUCUAAUAGAGAACCCAUUUUGACUUUUCUUUUCUGUACUCUUUCAAUCAAAGGGUAGCCUCUGAGGGUAAGUGACUAAGACUUCUCCUCUACUGUCCAAGCGCUUUGGUGCAGGGACAGCGGCCGUCCUCAGCCAGUCCAGUGCAGGCUCUCCGCCGAAGGCCGGCUCUAGACGGUGGUACGCUCUCGAUAGUAUAGUGCUGGCCGACUGCUGCUGUGGUGCCCUGCCGGUUGUGCUUCUUGUAACCCUCUGUCGUGCUUUGGUAACUGUAUCGAUCAGAGUUAACUGUCUUGACUUGAAUUUUGUCCCUUUGAAACUGCUGUUCUUGUGCGAUAAAGAUGCAGUACCUUUCUCUUACAAAUUGUUUCUACGGAGAGCCGUAAGAAUUGGCUGAUGGGAAUUCAGACUUCAGAGUGGGAUAUGUCAUUAUUCCUGGAAGUCCUAAAGUUGCUCUUUUCAGCAGCUGAGUAUUGACACGUUUUAGUAAAAGACUCCUUAUUGAAAUGGGACAAUUUGGAAACGGUUCUUUGAUAAGCCUGAGAAGAGGACUUCCCUUUGGGCAUUGAGUCUUCCUCUGCAUGAUGUUCCCAUGCACCCAAGGGUGUUUUCCCUUUCCAAGUGGACUCCGUCACGGAACGAGAAGGGCCAGACCCUGAGCGCCUCUUCAAGGAAAAGGGACACGAGAGGACGGCUUGUCUCCGAAGAGCCCUCGCAGGCUGCCUGCUCAGCCCAUUCAUUUGAGUUUGCAUGUUUCUCUGCACUAUGGAUUUUGAGCAUUUAGAUUCCUUUCAUCAAGUACAUUUCAACCACUACGGUAGACCUUUUUUCUCUGAGGCAUUGUGCUUAGCACGAGAGCAGCCAGAAGUUGAGGGAAAAGUAAAGUUAAAGUCGGUUCUCUUUCAUAGCAACACGUGUUGUCUGACAUUCAGCCAGCUUUUUAGAUUUUUUUCCAGUAAUUUCCCUGUUUUCCUAUCCUGUACUCAACAAAACCCAGCUAGAAUGUCUCUCCAGGAAUCCUGAGCCUCACAGGACUGUGUAGCUCUAAGCCUAGGAGUAGACUGCGUAGAGUAGUGAUCUUGUGUAGACGGCGCACACGGGUAUCCUGGGGGUGCCCGGGGCGUUGCAGUUCCUCCUGCCUUUGGUUUUCAGGAAUUACAUGAACGACAGCCUUCGCACAGACGUCUUCGUGAGGUUCCAGCCUGAGAGCAUCGCCUGCGCCUGCAUUUAUCUUGCUGCCCGGACACUGGAGAUCCCUUUGCCCAAUCGUCCCCAUUGGUUUCUUUUGUUUGGAGCCACUGAAGAAGAAAUUCAAGAAAUCUGCUUAAAAAUCCUGCAGCUUUAUACCCGGAAAAAGGUUGAUCUGACACACCUUGAAAGCGAAGUGGAGAAGAGAAGGCACGCCAUCGAAGAGGCCAAGGCACAGGCCAAGGGCUUGCUGCCCGCUGGCACCCAGGUCCUGGACAGCACUUCAGGGUUCUCCCCUGCCCCCAAGCUGGCAGAAUCCCCCAAAGAAGGUAAAGGAAACAAGCCUUCCCCCCUGUCUGUGAAGAACGCCAAGAGGAAGAUGGAGGGCAUGAAGAAAGCCAAGGCUGACAGCCCGGUGAACGGCUUGCCAAAGGGGCGAGGGAGCCGAAGCCGGAGCGGGAGUCGUGAGCAGAGCUACUCGAGGUCCCCGUCACGAUCUGCUUCUCCUAAGAGGAGGAAAAGUGACAGUGGCUCCACGUCUGGCGGGUCCAAGUCGCAGAGCCGCUCACGGAGCAGGAGUGACUCCCCACCGAGACAGGCGCACAGAGGUGCUCCCUACAAAGGCUCCAAGGUAAGGAGCUAUCGGAAGUCUAAGGACUGCAAGUACCCCGCCCAGAAGCCACACAAGUCCCGGAGCCGGAGCUCCUCUCGCUCUCGAAGCCGCUCACGGGAGCGGCCAGAUAAUUCUGGGAAAUACAAGAAGAAAAGUCAUUACUAUAGAGAUCAGCGAAGGGAGCGUUCUCGGUCUUACGAGCGAACAGGCCAUCGCUACGAGCGGGAUCACCCUGGGCACAGCAGGCAUCGGAGGUGAGGCGUGGGGCUCCCAGAGCGCUGCCCUUUGACCCUUGGUGUGCACACCCCGGUGUGACUGGCCCUGUGGUGAGACUCUUUUUGGAAGCGGCUGUUGACUCUGGACCUUGUGAUGAGUUUGGAGAUGGAAUCCAGAGGCCGGCGAGGUGCCCUUUAGGCCGGCCUGGGCACGGCGCACAGCUGUGCCGGCACAGGGCCCACCUCAGCAGCAGCCCCGUGGCCGCUGGAUGUGGACGUCCUGGUGGUGUGGCUUGGUGCUAACGACAGGCUGUGUCUUUACUCCCGUACCGAUACUGAAUUACGUUAAACCAAGAAAAUGACUAUUAGAAUCUUUGCCUAUAUUAGGUUGUACUUAUGUACAUAUUUUGCAGCGUUUCACGAUGAGAAAAUGGCCUUAAUAGCCCCUUAUUCUCUAUCCACCUUGUAAAUAAACAUGUGUUUAAUACAAGUUAAAGCUAUAUAUGAAAACUCAGAACUUGAAUUCCGUCAGCUUAAAACUUGUGUAGAGAAUUCGGAUUUUUAAAAUGUGAAGGUAUUUAGAUCUGUGUUGAAAGUCGUAUAUUUUUAUCUGUGCGAUGCUGAGUGCAGGCCACCAGCUCCUAAAUAGAGAAGUUUCCUAUAUAUGCAUUUUACGUGGUUAAAUAAACAAUUCUCUCUACUCAGGACAUUUGGACGCUGAA